AUGCCUUCCCACAAUGCCAGCCAUGAUUACUAUGCGGUCCUUGAAGUCCCACAAACGGCAGAUCUUAACAAGAUAAAGUCAAGUUACAGGACCAUAGCCAUGGUUACGCACCCUGAUAAGAACAGUAAUCCAGAUGCAACAGCCAAAUUUCAGCUGCUUCAUGAAGCUUAUUCAACCUUAAUCGAUCCCAUUCAACGCAAGUUGUACGAUGCUCAGUACCGCGCUAAAUUUGGCAGCGGGGCACCGCCUGCAACCAACUCCACAAGAAGGAGCGGUCCAAACGAACAGGGUUCGGGGCAUGAGAAACAACCAGGUGCAGAGCUCGAAACGCGGCUUCGGCAUCUUAACGCCCAGCGAACCAGGCUGGAGGACGACAUGCGCCGACGGAAGGCAGCGUUGAACAAACUGCAAUCCGAAAUAGCUUGUCUACAAGCAGAUAUAAAGACUAGGGAGCAAGCUGGAAAAGGGACAUGGUGGGGUUUCUUCACUUCAAUUCUUUUUGGAGGGGCCACCGAGACCGACGACAUAGAAAGGCAGCGAGACCUUGAACGACUUCAACGAAUAGCAGCACGGACUGUCAAAGAAAAUAUGUUGGAGCGCGAGAAGGCUGGUAUCCGAACAGUUGAAACUUCCCUUCAAAGUGCGAAAGAUACGAUUUUGUCGGUUGAGCAAGAUAUCCGGAAGCUGAGGCUCGAGGAGGAAGAAGCCAGGAGGAAGGCACAUCAAGAGCGUGUUUACCGAGAGGCCAGGUCUAGGAUGGCAGAAAUGAGAAAGAAGGUUGAGCAAGAAGAGCGAGCUCGACAAGCAAGGGAUGAAGAAAUUCGGAAUGAAAAAGAAGCCCGAGAACGUGAAGCAAGAGCUAGAAUGGAAAGAGAUGCAAAGAAAUGGGCUCGGAUGGCGAGUGGGGAUACGGAGCAUACGAAGGGACCAUGCGCCCAUCGAUCUUGGUGGGAUAAAAUUGACCAGGGCUCUGUUUGUAGCCACUGUUCAAUAGCCACGCGGCGUUUUGCGUUCAAAUGUCCGGAUUGUGGUAUCAUGGCAUGUGCAACCUGUCGCAGAACUUUAAAGGGGCCAAGAUCAUAUGCAUCGAGUAAAAGACACAAGAAACAUAAACACCAACAACAAAGAGCAGCCAAGCCGAACAAUUGA